AUGUCUCAGACAUCAGAAACCGAAAUGACAGUCGUCAACAUAGAACAACCGUUAGUAGAUGACAUAGAUAGUGGCUUUAUUAGUAGUGAUACUAGUGAUAGCGUGCCAGCACUUCAACCAAACUGCAGUAGUGCGUCAGACGCGGAGGCGAACGGAGACACCUCAGAAAUCCAGAGACAAGCCAGAUACCUGGGACAACACAAUCGCGGACUCCGAAUAUUUGCUCGUCAACAAGUAAACCGCUUGAAUGAGAGAAUAGAGCGAACAGAUAUUAGCGACAGUGUAAUUAACAGGCAAAAGGUACUACGUAAUACCGCCGAGGAUGAUACGAUAGUCAAUCGAACCAGAGGAAGUAAUAUGAUAGAACAAAACCAAAGAAUUUCAGCAUUCACAUCGACAUGGACACUUCGAACCACACCACAUCAGGAAGCACAUGUACCGUUAUGGGCACCAACACCUUCGCUAGAGCCGAGCCACACCAGAAAGGUUGAAGAGGACAAGGAAGAAUGA